AGAGAGAGAGAGAGAGAGCACAGAUGAUCAGUAGAAUGUUCAUUUGCAGUCUUGCAUGUUCUGUUUAACAAAGGCUCUACUUUGUGAGAGGCCCUCGUCACAAUAUGUUGCUGGUGUUGCUGUGCUGGUGUGUCGGGGCCGCGGUGCUUUUAUACACGUUAUACUCCUGGCUCAUCCCCACUGCUGUGCAGUUCAACGGCAGUCUGGCGUUACUCUGGCACGACGUCAUUGUUGAGCGUGCUCUUGAUACUCUGACCAGAUCGACUCGACCGCAGCGUCUGCUGAAAGCGGUGAGGAAACGAGCAACGCGAGGUGACCCUCAGAGUGUGAUCUCGGCCAUUGAUCAUUUCUGCAGACACAGCGAAUGGGCUAUGAACAUUGGAGAUGAGAAAGGCUCUAUCCUGGACUCAGUGGUGAGUGAGUUGAACCCAGAGAAGGUCCUGGAGUUGGGGACAUACUGUGGAUACUCCACAGUGCGCAUCGCUCGACUCCUUCCUCCCGGGGCACGUCUCAUAACACUAGAGUUCAAUCCAGAUUAUGCCGCAAUUGCCAGACAAAUAAUCGCCUGGGCAGGUCUCGAAGACAAAAUCCAGCUUGUAGAAGGCGCUUCUGAAGAUUGGAUCCCACGCAUGAAAGAGCACUUUGGAAUUGAAACAUUUGAUUUCGUUUUUCUGGACCACUGGAAGGACCGUUACCUCCCUGACACAAAAUUAAUGGAGGAUUGCGGUCUGCUAAGAAAAGGCACCGUUCUGCUUGCUGAUAAUGUGAUCUGUCCGGGAGUACCAGACUAUCUUGAAUAUGUGCGCAGUAGCCUUUCCUAUAAAAGCUGCUAUUUUAAAUCCCAUUUAGAGUACACCAAGGCAGAGGACGGCUUGGAGAAGUCUGUGUUUUUGGGCUAGAGAUAUACGGAAGAUGAUUCGUAUGCUUAAAAGGAGGACUUUUGCUAAGAAUUUGUGCUAAGAGAUUUAGCACGAGGGUAUAAUUUAAAUGCUUCAUUAUCAUAGGUCCCCAAGAUGUUUUGUAACUUAAAGUCUGUAAAUCAGGACGCAGUUUUACAUAUUACUUGAGCAAACCACGGGCUGUUUCUAAUCUGCACCACUAGAGGGUGGGAGCACAUUUCAAAUGUUCUCGUGUCUGGACCCGACUCCUCUUACAGCUUUGACCAGAUUUCAUUAUCUGUAAAAUCAAAGCAUUUUGUACCAGUGACUUUGUAAUGCACAUUUUUGUAUUUGUACAGAAAGAGGGGGGCUUUGCUGGUUGUUUUUUAAUAACUGAAACCAUGCCUUUUGAGUUUAUGAACUUGCGCAUGUCAGUUGUGAUGAAAAUGUAAUUCAGUUUGUUUAUAGUUUUGUUUGUUUACGAAACAUUUGAUACAUAUCUUGUAUGCAUUUGAAUAGUUUUUAGGUUUUAUCAUAAAAUGUACUAGUUGAUUUCUUGCAUUUGUUUUAUCAAUUUUUUUAUUCAUUUACAUUUUAAAGGUAAUGUUAUGUUACUACAGUCAUAUUUUUCUUAUUCGUCUUGUUAACUUAGUUCUAAAAACAUUUUCAUUCAGUUUCCUAUUCAUUUAUUUAUGACUAGAGAGUGUUCUUUUAAAGCACAAGACUAUAAAUAUAUAGCAGACAAUUUAUUUUGCUCGGAUCUCUCACUCCAGUGUGUCAUAUAUCCCACAAGUUGAAUAGACAGUUAUGAAUCUUUAAUAGCCUUCCAAAUUAAAUGCUGCAGUCCAUUAAAAUAUACA